CAAAUUAUUAAUAACAAAUUGAUAAAUAACAAAAGGACAAUUUUGAUAAUGAAAAAAAUGCUCAUCCAUUUGUCUUUUAGGGGAUAUUAAGCAUAAAAGGUCAACUUUGAAACUGAUAAAAAUGUUCCGUUUCAUAAAUAUGUUCAAGUGCACUCUAUUUAUUUUGCUUCUCCUGAUUUGGAUGAUCACAGUGCUGUUUCUUUUGGAUACUUCAAUAAAAACAACAGCGAUCUCAAGAAAAACAGCACCAUCUAGAAUAGCAAUUAAUAUGCCGAUGACGAAAAAUAAUGAUUAUGUGAAACACUUUCUUUAUAUAGUGAAUGCUAAUCAAUGCAUAAGUGACAAACUUGUACAAAUGGACAUGCUCGGGGACCCAGAGAAUUUGGAUGUGUUGGUACUGAGUUAUAACACUCCCUGUAAAGACUUCAAGUUAAACCAUGUAAAAUACACAUAUGGCCCAAAUACAACUUGGGGAUCUGGAAGAAACGUUGCUUGGACUUAUGCACAAAAACAUCUUGGGAAAUAUUUGUAUUAUGUUUUUAUGGAUGAGGAUAUCAUAUUGAAACCAACACUGCCAAGAUAUCUGAGUAAAGAUGCGCUAAAUAGACUGAAACAAAAUACUUCCAUCCUGAGACAAUUUGAAGAUUUUCUACUUGAUACACAACCUGCUGUUGGGGCGCCUUUCCGAUCACUGUAUGACCCUUUGAGCAUUCAUGACUUCACUGAAUGCUGCCCAGGAAAGGACAAUCACAACAAACAUUGGGAUCUUCCAGAGCGAAUUCCAAUGAUAAGAUUUGAUGAGUGUUUUGCAGCAUUCCAUAAUAUAGCUAUUGGGCAUAUAAUGCCGCUAGAUGUACAAUAUGACAAGAAAAGUUGGUGGGGUGCUGCACAGUACUUGCAUAUGAAAUCUUAUUAUUAUUUUCACCGUCAACUUGCACGGUAUGCCCUCAUGACCGUGCAUAACACUCAGCAUAAAAGUUAUCCCCAAGGAACUCUUUCAUAUGUGGAUAUAAUUAACAGCAUUAAAUGCCAUAUUCCUGAGUCUCACAGAAAUGCAACAAUAUUUGUGAAGGACCUUAAGAUUAUGGCUGGUAAAGACUGGGGAAAACAUGUAUAUAUUAACCCGUCAAAACCAACUUUUGAAUUAGCUCCUGAAAAUGAUAAAAUAACACCCUUCAAAUAUAUUGAUACAGUUAGAAAUUUCUAA